AUGGAUAAAGAAAGACGUGUAAAAUUAGAAGAAACCCCCGCGCCUGCUAAUAGUGCGAAUGAACAUGAUUGUGAGAUAGUAAAGCAACUAAAAGUAAAAUUUGCUGAAAUCACCAAAAGAUGUAAGAAAAUGCUGGUGUUGUCAGUUCUGCCAAUUAGUUGGACCAGAGCACAAAUUCAGAAAGAGUUUAGUGUGUCUCAAUAUAUGGCAAGGGCAGUAAAAAAAAUGGUGAAAGAAAAAGGUAUUUUUUCUACGCCCAAUCCGAAACCAGGAAAAACCAUUUUAAAUUAUAUUUUUACAAUAGUUAGAGAAUUUUAUUUGAGUGAAGAUAUAAGCAGAAUGAUGCCAGGAAAUAAGGACUGUGUAGUAAUUGAAAAAGAAGACCGCAAAGAAUAUGUGCAAAAAAAUUGCUUUUGGCCAACUUAA